UGUGUCUCUUCCGGUGACGUACCUUACUGCGGCGGAUGUUGAUGUUUUGUUUCAGAGAGCUGGUAGAACGAUGUGAACUGAAUCGUUUUCGGGACGGGUUGAUAUUUUUCGUGGUUGUCUUCGUGGUUAUAUUUGUACUCUUUUCUCUGUAAGGCUCCCUGUUGUUCGGCAUCGUGUCUGUCCUUGGAAGCGCGAGACCCAGUCGUGCGAUGAUGGAGGACUUUGAUGAGAUCUACGAAGAGGAGGAGGAAGAGGAAGAGGAGGACGAGGACAGGGCCGCGGAGGAGCAGCUCCUCAAGUACGCUCCGGACCCGGUGGUGGUGCGAGGGUCCGGCCACGUCACCGUCUUUGGGCUUAGUAACAAAUUUGAGUCAGAAUUUCCUUCAGCACUUACAGGAAAGGUGGCACCAGAGGAAUUCAAAGCCAGUAUCAACCGAGUAAACAGCUGCCUGAGGAAGACGCUGCCAGUGAACGUGCGGUGGCUCCUGUGUGGCUGCCUCUGCUGCUGUUGCACAUUGGGCUUCAGUUUGUGGCCUGUCAUCUGUCUCAGCAAGAGGACAAGAAGAUCUAUAGAGAAACUUCUGGAGUGGGAGAACAGCAGACUUUACCACAAGUUGUGUUUGCAUUGGAUACUAAGCAAAAGGAAGUGUGAAACCAACAACAUGAUGGAAUAUGUAAUCUUAAUAGAGUUCUUACCUAAGAUCCCCAUCUUCAGACCAGACUAACCCUAUUGCGGCUGAUCUUAAACCUCCACUGCUGCCCAGCUCCGAACCACAAUGGCUGUCAAGCUCUUGAAUGAACACCCCAAUCCUUUUGUUUACAGGGUAGCAUUGAUCCUCCCUCUUUUCUCUUUAACCUGUUCUCCCACACAUACCUUCUCUUCACCCUUGUUUACAAACCCGGCAUCCCAACACUUGUUUUUGGAGUGAAUUCACCAUUGAGUCACGACCACGAUCAUCGGGCAAGCUGGCACACUGUUCAGCCAUGCUAACCUGCACCAGCCUGUGGGAGUUUGGGAGAACCAGCCAUGGGCAGCGUUAAUGGAUUUUGGAUCUUAAGCUGGAGAUUGGACUCUCAGAUUGAGUUCUCUGAGCUAUGACUGGAAUUUUGUCACUUGUAUUUCCCCUAACCUAAGCACAGGGCACAGUCAGACCAUGAUGAAAAUAAUCACUUUCACGUGACAGUAGGUGAUACUGUCACACCGCCAACUUCACCUGCAAAAAAUACACCCCAGUGCUUUUGUAACAGUUAGUGUGGUGCUCUAGAUCAUUACUAGAGGCUGUGGAGGCAACAUAACAUGGAACUCCAAAGGAACCUUUAUCCAAAUCAACUCCGUAGCAAACAAAACAGAUUAGUCCUACAGAAGCAUGUUGGGCCACAGCCAGAACAGCUGAACUCAAAUGUCCCUCUUCUCAUUAACUACCAAACAUCCUCUCGCCUCCUUUUACAUAUCUGCACACUUCACUGUGCAUCACCCCUAACCCAGUGACAAUCACACACUCUGACUGUACUCUCCGUAGUGUGAAUGGGUCUUUAUGCUACACAGUUUACUUGGAACAUUUUGUUUGUAACAUUAUGUGUGUCAAGGUGAUGGGCUGGCUGCCUAGCAACUGCUCCUGACUCGCAGUGGAACAAGUAAGCUGAAAGGAAAGACACUAGUGAUGAAGAAGAAACAAUUUUUUUUUUUUAAAGUAUUUCAAGUUUUGGUGAAAGAGAGGCAAUCAAUACUUCACUGUUGUGUGUGUGUGUUUCUUUCUGAGAGAGAGAGAGAGAGAGAGAACUAUAAGCAAAUAAGAGACAAAUCAGACACAAAGAGAUACUCUGUAAAGCAGGGUUCUUCCUUUGACGCAUUUCUUUGCCAUAACCGAUCGUUGUUGUAAUUUAAUUUAAUAUAAAUGCAUGAGUGCGCAUAGAAUCUGUGCAUUUGUGAAAGGGGCCUCAGUUGUUGUUUUUUUUGCAAAGGUAUGCCAUGGUUGCUUCCUUUUUGUCUUUAUGGUCAUGUGUCAACACUAAAACACACAAUCACUUUGUCCUUAACACCUUCAAAUGGCCUCUCUUCCAUAUCUGCUGACCUAGGCUUACUUAUAUGAGUGUUCAAGUUAACAAUGUGGCUUUUCUGAGAAAGUUACUCUGCUUUUGAUAUAUUCUGACCCUUCACAUUCAGAGGUCUGGAGUGACCAAGAACGUCCUUUUUAUUAGGUUAGGUAAUAGCAGGGUUCUGUAUCAUGAAGCAGGAUCACUAAAGUUAGCUUAAUAACUGCACUGAGUAAAACCAGAUUACACCCACAUAAGAAAUGUGGACUUCAAGCUACACUAAUCAGUGUUUUUAUAUUAACAAUAAAAAAUGACUGUAAUGUGAAAUGGGUUACUUGUAAUAAUGUACUACCUACAGAUAAUUUUCACCCAACUCUGUCAUCCCCCUCUGCUCUACGGAGCGUUUUAGCAUCUUUCAGCUCAUUGUUUUGACUUUCUGGCCUGCAGCAGCAGGCUGAUAUUUUCACACUAGCUGCUCUGUAUCAAACAACAGACACACAGUGACUAGCUGGUGAACGAAGGGGAGCAUUUAGCAGCUAAAGAUAUUUCCCAUAGGAGUUAAUGAUAGUGAUGGCCAAAUGAAGCUUUGUGAACCAGUGUCUUUAUUUUCUGAGCCCACUAGAUGGCUCUCUUUGUUCAACAAAGGGUUGAGAAAACACUGAAUUGCAAUGCCUUAGGGCUUUCUCUUAAAAGCAAGAGCACCAUCUAGUGGGCUCAGAAAAUAAAAACACUGGUUCACCAAGCUUUAUUUGGCCAUCAAUGGAGACCAAUAGUGGAGCUAAUAGGAGAAUGAAACAAUUUAUCAAGUGUCCGGAAACCUGACCCCAAUUGAAUGUUAAGGUUGCAGUUUGCUAACACGUUAAUUACUUUAGUAAUCUAGCUGUCUAACAAUCCUGCUUCGUUAUAAAGGCCUAAGACAAUUUAAAAACAAGCAACGUUAUAGAUCACAUCAAAAAGCAAAUCUCAGUUUAAAUGAAAUGUACAACCAAAUGCCAGAAAAAAGGUGAUGGUAUAGAUGUAGCUUUUCACUGUCAGCAUCACCUCUUGAUUUAUAAAAACAUCCAGAGACUGAGAUUGAACAAAGGCACUUUGUUUUAGGUCACACAGCUCCAGUGAUUAUGGGUCACACUCAGGGGAUUAUGCUUACAACAACAAAAUGUAGUAUUGGAAAAUCUCACUGUCAGGUAUGUUCCAAAGUUAUAUCAGGGGGUCAAGUAUUCUGCACAGAUCACAUUACUUGAAAAAAUUGGAGUAUGUUAUAAAAUUGAAAACUGCCUCUAAAGACAACUAACCUUUCUGUGGUCUUCCUGUUGAGUUGGUAAAGGAAGCACAUCUUCCAUGGACCCACAAAGCUCAGACAUUGUUUUGGUUUAGAUGUUAAAAGACCCAAAUUCACUCGAUAACCACUGGGUUGCAUAUUGGUUCAUCAGUCACCUUUCUAUAUUUUUGAUUGUGAUCCGUUCUAUGUAAAUCAAGGCAUAAGACCAUAUGCAGAUAUUUGUGGUGUGUCUGCACGGUGUAUGAAGAUGCAAAUGUUCUUCGUAGAUCUCAGACUGUGAUUGAACCCUGCACAGAAAUUGAGUCCUUUUUAUAUAAUCUUGACUGGUUUGUGUGUUUGUGUGCAUGCAGGUGCGAAAGAUAUGUACAUAUGACUCAUGAGCAGGUGUGCAGUAAUAAACUACCAAUAAACAAGGCUAUGGACAUCCUCCUCUUUAA